UUUGUCCCUUUCCCCGCGCCGUAGCUGAAAGCUUCACAACAACAGCCGUCUAUAGUCAGCCACAUCCUGCGGCGCUCUGCCUGUUUCACUCCUCUACAGUGAAGAACAUCUAAAACAGGCAUUUCUUCCUUCUUCAGGUGUCGCGCAUCUGAGCGGUUCGUUGAUCUGCACGCGUUCCUCCACCAUGCUCCUUCACCUGCCAUGAGGUGACAUGGAGAAGCUGAAGAGUUUGGGUGAAGAGGAAAGCUCUCAGGAGCGAGGAGUGCUGAACACAUGGAGAGGUUACUCCUACAGCGUCACUCCAGAGAAAGUGCUCCUCUCUCGGCCAGUGCUCCAGGCUGCCCUCGGGGCUAAACACGGAGUUCUGCUGUUGGAGGGUGGGCAGGUAUACAGUUUUGGAGAAUUACCAUGGAAACAGAACCCAUCAUCUGUGAAAACGACAGACCCCAUUCUGGAGGCGGGGCUCAGUGAGAAGCAUGUGGUUUCUGUGGCAGCGGGGACGUUCCACAAUGGGGCGGUGACGGAGGAUGGAGCAGUGCACAUGUGGGGGGACAAUACUUAUGGCCAGUGCGGUCUGUCAGGACUCUCGGUUGUCCCCAAUCCCACACCUGUGGGCGUGGUGGCCAGUGAGACCACGCCCCCAAGGCCAGUGAGGAUUGUGGAGUUGGCAUGUGGUGAACAGCAUACGCUGGCACUUUCAGUUGCGCAUGAGGUGUGGUCAUGGGGCAGUGGUUGCCAGUUGGGGUUGCAAGCCUCGUCUUUUCCUGUUUGGAAGCCGCAGAAGGUGGAGCACCUAGCCGGGAGGCAUGUACUGCAGGUGGCGUGCGGAGCCUCGCACAGUCUUGCGCUGGUGCGCUGCCCACCUCCUCCUCAAGAGCCGCGAAGACCUCCUGAGGACAAAUGCGGACAGUGUAAUCAAUCACUUUACACCAUGACCGAUAAGGAGGAUCACGUCAUCAUCUCAGACAGCCACUACUGCCCCCUGGGGGUGGAACUGGACGAAGACGACAACAAAUCUGCCUCGGAGCACGGCCUAGUUCACGGGACUCCUAGUUCAAGGGGCAAGAUGAAAAGUUCCCCAUCUGAACCAGUUUUAAUGACACACACUUUGAACCCCAAGUCUGCCUUUCCUUCCACGUCUAGCCCUGUUCAAGCACCUACUCCUAAAUCUCAGGAUCAGGUUCAGAUUGCAGGGGAAGUGCUUGUUCAGUCAGACUCUAAAGACCUGGAGGAUUCUCAGGAUCCGGUGACUAACGGUGAGGUGUUUGAAGCAGCCACGGAGCCAAGCACUCAUGAGAUGGAGAGCUCAAAGUCUGCCCAAGGGUUAACCGGGACAGGUCCCAAAUCCUCUCAAUACCCAGACGAGCAGGCACUCAAAGAUUACCUGAAGAAGCUUUCGGAUCAGACGCUGGCUGAGCAGGCAGCUAAGAGCCCAAAUACAGCUCAGUGUGCACAGCCUCUCACUGAGCCCACUGUUGUUUUCACCUUGGACUCCUCAACCCCCGUGGCACAGUCGGUCACACCAACGGGCUCUGCACUGAACAACCUGGUGGUCUCGUAUGCAUCAGCUGUAGGGGAGAGAGUUGCAUCCACUUACGAGGCCCUCUCUCUGAGGAAGGUGAUCAGUUACUGGGGUCCAGGUGAGGAGAGGGUGCGUGAGGAGGAGCACAAACAAGGCAAGAAAAGCUCGAGUCUGGGGGACAUCCGCGAGGAGGAAGCGGAGGGGCUGAGUCGCCGCCUCUCACUCCCCGGCUUGCUCUCACAGGGUACAUGCGCUCUCCAUAUCUUAUACCACCACAUGCUGUCCCCACGUCUCUUACGGAGAGUGAGUCGGCCGCGUGACCGUGCCGUUGCCCUCACCCCAGCUGGCGUGGCUGAAUCAGAUGCCCGCUUGCCCUCUCUGCAGACGGAGGUGUGGAGCUGGGGGCGGGGUCAGGAGGGGCAGCUCGGACACGGAGAUGUCCUGCCCAGACUGCAGCCGUUGUGUAUUAAGAGUCUGAGUGGUAAAGAGGUAGUGAGAGUGGCUGCAGGUGCCCUCCACUCACUCGCCCUGACUGCCCAGUCACAGGUGUUCUCCUGGGGCAGUAACAGCUUUGGUCAACUGGGGCACAUGGAAUCCCCCAGCACCAUCCCUCGUCUAGCCAAGCUGUCGGAGGGGAUUCGUGCGUGGGACGUGGCGGCAGGACAGCAUCACACUGUCCUACUGGCUGACGGAGACUGCCUUCAGCCAAUCCUCUACUACAGCGGUGAGCAGGUGAAGGAGGGAUCCGGCGAAACGGCCCAGGAGGAGAGCGGAGGUUACACACAGCAACCCGUACUGCUGCCCUUCUGCAUGAACCUGGGCUAUGUGAGCAGUGUGAGUGCAGGUGGACAGGUGUGUGCAGCGAUUGCCGACCGUAACGUGGUGGGUUUAGUCGCCAGUCUGCACGAGCUGGCAGCAGCCGAGAGAAAGUACUACUGCAAACUGACGAACAUCAAGAGCCUGCUUCUGCAGCCACUGCUUAAACUGGAUUCUUUAAGCUCUGCGCUGGGACCCUCCUGCACCGGACUCCUCCAGAAUCUGAUUGGUUGCUUCAGCCGCCUGUCACAGUUGACGGGUCAGAACUCCGCAGCCUUGACCUCCUUCCUGCGGCGCUCACGUGAUCUCAGAGGCCUGGUUCUCCUUGACAAUGCACAUCUGUUCCUGGACACGUAUUCUGAGUUCUGUGCUGCAGUGGGAAACAUGCUGGUCAUGGGCGGCUUUCAGGCUCUUGUUAAACCUUGCCAGGAUGUGUUCGGGAAGGGUGCAGAGACGGUGCAGAAACUGUCCGAGUGUUCAGAAGACGGUGCGAUGCUGGCCGACGUUCUGGCUCAUCUGUUUUACCUUCCCAUCCGCCAUCUCCACGAGUACAGCCACCUGCUGCUCAAACUGUCAUCAUGCUACGACCCAUACCUAAACGCCUCUCAGAGCUGUGCGGAAUAUCAGAAGCUGCAGGAGGCCUAUCAGAAGUACGAGGCUCUGGCUCUUCAUCUUAAGAGGAAGAGGAAGGAGGCGGAGUACACACUGCACUUCUGGAGGAGCUUUCCAGGAAAGAUGACGGACUCUCUGCGUAAACCGUCUCGCCGCUUGGUGUGUGAGAGCAGUAACAAAGCCCUGACCCUGCAGAACGCAGGACGCUUCUCCGUCAACUGGUUCAUCCUCUUCAAUGACGCUCUCGUUCACGCUCAGUUCUCCACUCAUCACGUCUUCCCGUUGGCCACGCUGUGGGUGGAGCCAAUGUCUGACGAGAACGCUGGCCUGUACGGGUUGAAGUUGACCUCACCUGAGGAAAGCUUCACGCUGCUGGCUUCCUCGCCAUCCGAAAAGGCAAAGUGGUUGCGUGCCAUAAAUCAGGCAGUGGAGCAGGCACUGAGUGGGGCGGGGUUAUAUACAGCCCCUCUUACCUCCGGCGCGGGAUUGAGAGCAGACCCGCCCAUUUCCCGAACCGCCUCCUACACCUUCUAUAAGGACAGCAGGUUGAAGGACGCGGUGUACGAGGGCCGCUGGGUGGCAGGCAAACCCCACGGGAGGGGUGUGUUAAAAUGGCCAGAUGGAAGGACGUACACCGGGACGUUUAAGAACGGACUCGAGGAUGGGUUUGGCGACUAUAUUGUUCUUAACAAGAACCUUAACAAGAAUGAUCAUUACCAGGGCCACUGGAAGGAUGGAAAGAUGCACGGAUUUGGGACCUUCAGGUACGCCACAGGAGAAGUGUACGAGGGCUCGUUUCAGGAUAACAUGCGUCACGGCCACGGUAUGCUGCGGAGCGGCAAGCUCAACUCCACCUCCCCCAGCGUCUUCAUCGGCCAGUGGCUGAACGACAAGAAAACUGGCUACGGCGUGUUUGAUGACAUCACAAGAGGAGAGAAGUACAUGGGUGUAUGGCAGGAUGAUCAGAAGCAGGGGAACGGUGUUAUCGUCACACAGUUUGGUCUCUACUACGAGGGAGCUUUCAGCAGCAAUAAAAUGAUGGGGACGGGUGUUUUACUUUCAGAAGACGACACCGCAUUCGAGGGGGAUUUCUCAGAAGACUGGACUCUUAACGGAAAGGGUACUCUGACGAUGCCUAAUGGCGACUACAUCGAGGGCUCCAUCAGCGGGGUGUGGGGAACCGGCCUGAAGAUAUCAGGGUCCUACUACAAACCCAACCUGUACGACUCGGACAAGGACAAGAGCCGUGCGCUUAAACUGGGUCAGUUCUCCGUGCACCCUGAGGAGAAGUGGAAGGCAGUGUUUGGGGAGUGCUGGAGCCAGCUGGGAUGUGACACACUGGGACAGGGAGAGACCAGGGUGGCCUGGGACAGCAUCGCUAUAGCGCUGACCACUAACAGGAGACAGCAGAGGGACAGUCCUGAGCUGUUGAGUCGUUCCCAUAAUAAAACUCUGGAGAGCCUGGAGUUCAUCCCUCAGCAUGACGGGCCUGUUACACUGGAGAAAUAUGACACCAUCCGCCGCUACCUCAUCAAGGCGUGUGACACACCGCUGCACCCACUGGGGCGGUUGGUGGAGACGUUGGUAGCCGUGUACCGGAUGACGUACGUGGGUGUCGGAGCAAACCGCAGGCUGCUGCAGCAGGCCGUCAACGAGAUCAAAUCUUACCUCAGCCGCAUCUUUCAGAUUGUCAGGUUUCUGUUUCCUGAUCUCCCAGAGGAAGGCGGGUUGCUGGUUGAGGCUCCAAACGGAAAGAAGGAAUCGAAGUCAACUAGCAGUGAGCUCGAGUCUCCAAAACCGGGGCGUGUGGUCAGUAGCUCAGCCCUGCUGCUGCCCGUCUUGCUGCCGCGUCUCUACCCGCCUCUCUUCACACUGUACGCUCUGGACAAGGAGAAAGAAGACGACGUGUACUGGGACUGUGUGUUGCGUCUUAACAAGCAGCCUGACCUCGCUCUUCUCGCCUUUCUCGGAGUGCAACAGAAAUUCUGGCCUGUAACCGUCACAGCACACGGAGAAAAGCAACAGGUCCUACCCGGCACUAAAGAUGCCUGUUUCGCUUCAGCUGUGGAGACACUACAGCAAAUCAGCACAACAUUCACUCCCUCGGACAAGCUGCAGGUCAUCCAGCUGACCUUUGAGGAGAUAACGCAGGAGGUGCUUACCUUACUCAAACAGGACUUCCUGUGGUCCAUGGAUGAUCUGUUUCCUGUUUUUCUCUACGUGGUGCUGCGUGCUCGAAUAAGGAACUUGGGGUCAGAGGUCAGUCUGAUAGAGGACCUCAUGGACCCGUGUGUGCAGCACGGAGAGCACGGCAUCAUGUUCACCACGUUGAAGGCAUGUUAUUAUCAAAUUCAGCAUGAGAAGAUCACAUAAGGAGCACGUCGAUGAGCUGAGUGACUGACUGACGGACCGGCCGCAUGCUGUCAUGACGGACAUGUGAUGAGCUGAUCAUGGGCUGGGCCGGGAUCACGAUGCAGCUGCCUGACAGGGAAAAACUUCCUGAUCAUUCCUGUGGCUUUUUUUUUUUGUAACGUUAUCUCUUCCAGUGUGAUUUUAGACCUUAAAUUUCAUCUGUACUUAAAAAUCCUGCUUUCUCUUGAUAGAUUUUCUUUUUAAAGCAAUGAUCCUUGUUUUUUUUCCCCUAUAUCUUUUGGUUUUUUUUUCUUCCAUGAAUGUGAAAGAGGCUAAAAUCGUUUUUUCAAGGAAAAUUCUGGACACAUACAGGACACGUGAUGCUGCAAUAGGGUGCCAUUUUUUUUUUUUUUUGUUGCUUUUACACAUAUUCCUCAGUGUAAAACCAGUGAUUAACAAAUCUUAAAUUGCACUGAAGGUUGAUAUUUGCAUAGUUACAUACAUGAAGGAGUGAGUGGAUAAUAUUGGUGAUCACAUGCUGCUCCAACAGCCAAUCAGAUGCAUGGAAUUUUGACUUGCUGGAUUCCAUUGAAGAUGUUUUAUCAUAUGCACAUUUUGCUCAGUUUUGCUUGUUGAACACUAUUUAACCGAUACAGUUGGAGAAAGUUGAAGUGUUCCCAGUUUGCUUUAAAUGUGCAGUUCUUGUGCCAUGGUCAGGUUAUUUUAGAAUUUUUUUUUACCAUCUUUACUAUAAACUAGACAUUUAAUCCUCUCACAGAAACACACUUCUAUUUAUCUGUGAUUUUUUUUUUUUGUCCUUAUGUGACAAUCGUGCGUGUGCGUGUGUGUGUGUGUGUGUGUGUGUGUGUUUGUGUGUGAGAGAGAGAGAGAGAGAGAGAGAGAGACAGAGAGAGUGUUGCAUACAGCAAUACCUUUUACAGUAUUCUGAACUGACAUGAUAUCGACGCGAUCGUUUUUAAUAGCUGAGGUUUUAUUUAUUUAAGAUAAAGACGUGCAGUUGCAAUGAUAAUCUGUACAAUAUCUGUGGAUAAUCUAAUAUACUGACACUCGUCUUACUGAAGUAAUGAAAUGGCAGAUGGUACAGACGGAGAAGUGAAUCUCGUAUAGUGUUGAAACAGAGAUUGCUUAGCAGUGAAAUUUCAGACAGACAGAAAGAGACCGAUCCUUUCUUCCAGAUCAUGAGAGAAUUGAACGUUUUUCAGUUCUACGUUGUACUUCCAGCUCAGUUUUGCUCUCCUCCAGUGCUUGACUGUGUAAAUGUUGUCUUUCUGAGACAUUGUGACGGUUUGUCCAGUUGAUGCUUUCUGUCCAGAACUGUCUUUGUACCUACAGAGGGCAAUAAAGUGGCUGAUUGAAUGUUUUUCA